AUGCCUAGAAUGCAUCUUCUCGCGAGAGCCGGCAUCGCCGCCGCUAUUCUCUCAAACGUGACGGUUGCCUACACGAUCUUGCCGACGACUGACGCCGCAGGAGCAAGAACAUACGAUCUGGACGCGCGCAAAUUUGAAUUGCAGGGCCCCUACAGCAAGCCAGAUAUUCACGAUGCUGGCUUCGACGUUGCAGCGGAGCUGCUCAAGGUUCUUCCGGCGCACCAGCCUAUAAAUAUCAGCAGGUGGGAAGCGGGUGUGCUCCCGUCCAACUGCUUAAAGUACUUUGGGUCAGACGGACGUCAGGUCACAAGAGGUGAUUUUACAGUUUACAAUCAUGUGGAUUCGGACACCAGCAUCGAGAAGAUGACGACCGCUUUUGGACACUUGCCUAUUGGGAUGCGAGAACACGUGAGAACGGUUGCCGCACUCCCACACCCACCGCCAGGCGAGCGCGCGGCCGCCUUCAGCAUUGACGGCGACAUCGCCGUCCGGCCGCGCUACUGGGACAUGCACACGCUGUCGCACGAGGUCUCGCACAUAAUCGACUCCAAGCUGCCGACUGCGCAGGGCCACAACCCUUACACGGGCCGGCCGGCGGCGUUGGCGCGGCGCUACGGCUGGCGUCCGGCGCCAAAGCCGUACGACGCUGCUGCUGCUGCUGCUGCUGCCCAACACCUCCCCGGCACGGGGGGCAAGUACUCGGAUUCGCUGCGGUGGCGUGGCGCCGAGAAGGGGGACGAGCGCGUGGUGUCGCGGUAUGCGCUCACCAGCUGGGCGGAGCACUUUGCCGAGACGGCGGGCGUGGGCCUGCUCGAGGUGUUUGGGGGCGCGGGCACCGUUGACCGCCUCAGUCCUGCGGCGGGCCGGGGCUUGAAGGGGCAGGUCGGGAUGUGGGUCAGGGAUUGGGGUCGGGUCGUUGGGGGAGGGCCCGAGACGUGCGAGGAGCACGUGAGGCCGGCGCAGCCUGAAUUUGUUAUUGUAGGCUAG